GUAAAAAUGUCUGCAAAUCAGUCAGCCAUGGCUGUGAGCAUAUUUGUGUUAGUGCUGACAAUUCCUACAUUUGCAAGUGUCGUGAGGGAUUCGUCUUAAGAGAAGAUGGCAAGACAUGCAGAAGACGGGACAUCUGCAAAUUAGUCAGCCAUGGCUGUGAGCAUAUUUGUGUUAACGAAGAUGACUCGUAUGUUUGCAAGUGUCAUGAGGGUUUUCUGCUGAGAGAAGAUGGGAAAACAUGCAGACAUAAAGACAUCUGUAGUUCCCUUGACCAUGGCUGUGAACAUGUUUGUGUUAAUACUGAUGAGUCAUACAUCUGCCAGUGUUAUGAUGGAUUUGCACUAAGGGAAGAUGGAAAAACAUGUAGAAAUAAAGAUGUUUGCAAUUCUGUUGACCACGGCUGUGAGCAUGUUUGCGUGAAUACAGAUAGCUCAUACGUUUGCCAGUGCUAUGAGGGUUUUGUAUUGAGGGAAGAUAAGAAAACGUGUAAAAAUAAGGACAUCUGCAAAUCAGUCAGUCAUGGCUGUGAACAUCUUUGUGUUAAUAAUGACGAUUCAUACACUUGCCAGUGCCAUGAUGGAUUUGUACUAAGGCAAGAUGGGAAAACGUGCCGAAGCAAGGAUAUUUGCAAAUCAGUCAACCAUGGCUGUGAACAUGCUUGUGUUAAUGCUGGUGAUUCAUUUGUUUGUAAGUGUCAGGAGGGAUUCCUGCUAAGAGAAGAUGGAAAAACAUGCAAAAAUAAAGAUCUUUGCAAAUCAGUCAACCAUGGCUGUGAACAUGUUUGUGUUAAUACCGAUGAUUCGUACAUCUGCAAAUGCCACGAUGGGUUCCUACUGAGAGAAGAUGGGAAAACCUGCAGAAAUAAAGAUGUUUGCAAGUCAGUUGACCAUGGCUGUGAACAUUCUUGCGUUAAUACUAAUGAUUCCUAUAUCUGCAAGUGUCAUGAGGACUUCAUACUGAGGGAAGAUGGGAAAACCUGUAGGAGUAAAGAUCUGUGUAAAUCCAUUGACCAUGGCUGUGAACACGUGUGCAUUAAUAAUAACAAUUCAUACAGCUGCCAGUGCCACGAGGGUUUUGUCCUGCGACAAGAUGGGAAAACAUGUCGAAGUAAAGAUGUCUGCAAAUCAGUUGCCCAUGGUUGUGAACAUCUUUGUGUUAAUAAUGACGAUUCAUACAUCUGCAAAUGCCCGGAGGGAUAUGUACUAAAAGAGGAUUUGAAAACAUGCAGAGGAUGCACUGAAGGGCCACUUGACCUGGUGUUCGUGAUUGAUGGAUCAAAAAGUCUCGGAGAGGAGAAUUUUCAAAUUGUAAAACAAUUUGUCUCAGGAAUCUUGGAUGCACUUGAGAUUUCACCCAAAGCUGCUCGGGUUGGUUUGCUUCAGUAUUCCACGGAAGUGCGCACAGAGUUUACGUUAAGGCAGUUCAGCUCAGCCAGAGACAUGAAGAAAGCUGUAUCGCAAAUGAAAUACAUGGGGCGAGGUUCCAUGACAGGACUGGCUCUGAAGCAAAUGUUUGAGAGAAGCUUCACAGAAACAGAAGGAGCAAGACCCCUUUCAGCAAAUGUCCCUCGAAUCUCCAUUGUGUUUACAGAUGGACGAGCCCAAGAUGAAGUCUCCGAGUGGGCUGCUAGAGCAAAGCGAAGUGGUAUAAUUAUCUAUGCCAUUGGAAUAGGAAAAGCAAUUGAGGAAGAACUUCUGGAAAUUGCUUCUGAGCCAUCAUAUAAACAUCUCUUCUAUGCCGAGGAUUUCACAGCUAUGGAGGACAUAAGUGAAGAGCUAAGAGCCCAAAUCUGUGAAGCAAAAGCUUCAAAAGAUAAAGACCAGUGCAAAUGUGAAAACCUUGUGACAUUCCAGAACUAUGCAACCAAUGAAGUCAGAAAACUCACCCAGCGAUUGGAAGAAAUGACAAAGAGAAUGGAAGACUUGGAGAACAGGCUAAAAUACUGAUCAAAUUCAAAGUGUAUACAACACUGUAUAUUUAUACAUACAAACUUGUCAGAGCUAUUUUCUUAAACUGGUUCUAAGUAAAAUAACAAAUCCUUGUGUCUGAAGUUGAAAAGAUUUUUGAUCCCUGCAUCUAUGUACUAUGUGUUCUGUCUUGCAUUGAUUGCAGAUAAGAAGUGUUGAAAGUUUUAUAUAUAUAAACAAUCUAGUAACUAGCAAAAGUUCUAAUUAAGCAGAACUAAACUGAAAUAAGCUAUGCAAAAUAAUAAAAUGCUGUUAUUUUUUUGAAGUGAAA